AUGUCUAAUAAUACAUCUUCAAUACCCUCUAAAGAUGAUAAGAAUAAUAAUAAUAUAUUAGAUUUACAACCUACUCCAAAGAAGAAAUAUGUUAUAAUGGCCAAGCCUACAUAUGCAAUGAGUGCAGUAUUCUUUGGUACCUUUGCCUAUUACACUUCCAGACGUAUGCCAUUAAUGGCAAAGGUAUCACUGAUCUCAUCGGGAUUGUUCCUGACCUCAGGACUGCUGAUAGACAAUAGCUAUACGAACACAGGCGCAUUCUUGGCAGGUGGACUGUCGGCUGCAUUGUCCGCUUCAACAUGGGCAAGUGCACUCAAACAUGGAAAGAUGUUCCCAUUGGUGUUGGGCACAUUGACAGUGUCCUCAAUGGCAUAUCAUGGCUUCUUCUCGUUGUACAAUUCAUUGGAUGAGGUCGAAGAGAUGAUAAAACGACAUGACAACCAUGUUAGGAUGAUAAAGCAAGAAGAGGAACUGAAGAAACAGCAGAGU